GCUCCCACUAUUUUCGCCUUCCUCUCUCUGAAACAAAACGUAAAUCCCCAAAAUGCCCUCACCGUCGCUCCGCCUGUCCACCACCACUCACCACCACUUGGGGUUCAACCACACACUCUCUUCCGCGGCGGCCCAAAACCUCUUCACCUCUCUUUCCUUCCCGCCCUCCACUUUCCCAAAAUACCCUCGGAAGGUCGCUGCCCAGUGCCAAAAGAAACCAGUAUCCAACAGCAGAGGCAGAGCCAGGGACGGGGGCUUGCUCAAUGUGAAGGGAAAAUCGGAAAAUGUCUGGAGCGUUGACAACGAGCUCGCUGCGAAGGAUAAGGGGAGAGGGGGAAGCCCGAGGAGAAGAGACAAAAGGAGGGUUGUGAGGAGGACGAGAAGCGAUGGCGGGAAAAGUGUGUUGGUCUCUGGUGCUAUGUUAAUGGAGGUCGAGACCGUUCUUCAAACUCAGGAACCUGUAAUAAGACCAGCAUGGAAUACAUUUGCUAGUAGCGUCAGUGGGAUAUGGAAGGGGGUUGGAGCUGUCUUUUCACCCAUCACUGCUGAAAUGGAACCUAUUGAAGUCGGAAGCAGGAAUGAGCACCUAUAUGAUUGCUAUACUGUUUCCCGCAUUGAGGAUGUUCCAUCUUCGUCUGGAGGGCCAACAUCUCAAAUCCAGAGGAAGAUUAAUUGGGUGACUCUAAACCCUUAUGGUGAAAUACCACAGCAUAAAGUUGGAGAUGCAGCUUUACCCAAAAGUUAUGCUGACAGAAGUGGGAAAAAUCGUGUUUUGCCUCAAUUUGGGUCUUUUAACUUUGAAAGAAGUGAUGUGAUGGAAGAAGAUCUCAUGGGCAAGGAACCUGGUCUUGUUUUCUUUGAGGAUGGAUCUUAUUCAAGGGGCCCUGUUGAUAUCCCGGUUGGUGAAGUUGAUGAUUCUCAAUAUUACCUUUCACCAACUUUCAAAUUUGAACAGUGCUUGGUUAAAGGUUGCCAUAAGAGACUUCGUAUCGUUCAUACUAUAGAAUUCAGCAAUGGUGGUUCAAACAUACAGAUAAUGAGAGUAGCUGUUUAUGAAGAGCAGUGGGAUAGCCCUGCCAAUCUUCAUGACCAAAGUGACCAGGAGUUGGAUUUGAAACCCUUUUCUCAGCGCAAACGAACCCGGCCAUCAGAGCUGGCUGGAUCCUGGAAGGUAUUUGAGGUCAGUGCCACUCCAAUAUUUGGUGAGGAGAUCGAUGAGAUGUCUAUGGCUCAAAACGAUAGCACUCCAUAUGUCUAUCUUUGCACAGAAACUCUAAAAAAGAGAAGCUUGCCUGGGAAUCCAGUUUACUUCGGAGAAGAAGAGAUGGUAGACAUGCAAGAUGUGACUAUGCUUUGGCUACCGGGUGGUGUCACUGCCUAUGUUGAUGUAAAUAAGGAUGGCAUCCUUUGCAUUGGAGUCGGAUGGUACUCUGAUGAAGGGAUCAACCUUGUUAUGGAGAGGGAUUAUGGAGUAGAUGGGAAACUCAAGGAGGUCCGAUCAAAGUCAGAGGUAAAAAGACGGUGGUCUGAUCCGCUACCUGCGUAAACUUUUCUUGAAACAGUUUUGAUCUGUUUCUUCGUUCUCAAUUGUUUUUCCCCGGUUUUAUAGUAAUUGGCUGUACAUUAUCUCCAUAGUCUAGAUUAAGAAAGAAACAACACUGAAUGCUCGAAAAUUUACAUAUUGAUGGUAUUCAAAAGGGAAUUGUUAUUAGCACUCCAA